AUGGACUUCACAUCAAGCAUCUUGAGCCACCCGCCAAAUGAUCUCGAGAGCCCCAUCUUCAUCGAUGCCGACUUUCCCGACCGCACGAUAUGCUGGCGUGAGUACGCUUCGUCGGUGAAGCGCAUAGCUGCAGGACUGCAGAGGCUAGGUCUCGCAGACGGAGACUGCGUGGCCCUUGUCAGUGGCAACGACAUCCACUACCACAUCCUAGGACAUGGUGUGAUAGCUGCCGGUGGUGUGUUCGCUGGUAUCAACGCUGCUGGCAAAGCCGGCGAGAUACAGGCGAGCAUCACGUCCGCAGAUGUCAAAUGGGUGUUCGCAGAGCCCGACCUUCUAGAGCGAGGAGAAACCGCGGCCAGGAAUUACGGUAUCCCGGGGUCGAGGAUUCUGGUCUUCGAUGCGAAGCCCAGUGCGCCUUAUUCUGGUCCCCUUCACAAGUUCAGCGAUCUGCUGCAAUCUAAUGGAAGUGCCUGGAAACCUUAUGCCGGAGCAAAAGAGCCAAAGGACCGACCAUGCUUCCGGAUUCUGACGAGUGGCAGCACUGGGCUGCCAAAAGCUGCGGAAGUCUCGCAUGCGAUUGCCGUCAAUCGGGGGCCCAUGUUCUCUGAUGUCUCCGGAAGUGCUGCUCAUGCCAACCAGAGGAGAUGCUUGCAUGUUGUAGAUAUGCAUCACGUCUCUGGCAUCUCGGUAUCGGGCGCAGCCGCGCUUGGGAAGCAGAUUACUUAUAUCUCCAAGCAAAGAGACGCCGUUUCGACGAUCGAUCUUAUCGAGAAGUUUGAGAUCACGACAAUACUGUUGCACCCUAGACUCAUGGAAGACAUGACUGAGAUUGUUCGGUCAGGCAAGCGAGACCGCGCAGCGCUACGUUCACUCAGGAGCAUGACUGUUGGUGGGAGUGUCGUCAAUGGUCAUACCGCUCUGGCUUUCAAGGCGUUGCUAUCUGAUGGCGCUGUCGUCCAAGCUCCUUACGGCUCGACAGAGGCAGGUGUAGUCACCACCUUGCCAAGCGGCACACCUUUCAUUGCUGAUCAUGUUGGCAAUGUGGCCCCGGAAGCUGAGCUCCUAAUUGCCCACGAAGAGACUCUUGAACCUCUCGGCAAUGACCAAGAUGGCGAAGUCUGUGUGCGGACAAAGUCGAUGUUCUCGGGCUACGUGAACAACAAGGAAGCGACAGAUUCGGCCUUCUUCACCGAUGCCCAAGGCAAAGUCUGGCAUCGCACAGGCGACAAGGGCCACUUCUCUACGAAGCAUCAACAACUCACCGUCACUGGCCGCUUCAAGGAGAACUUCAAAGUCGGGCAAAACGAGGUAUGCCCAGAAGAAGUCGAUUCCGAGCUCAUGAAGCACGAUGCCGUGAAAGACGUCGCUACAACAUCUACAGCUGGUCGGAGAAAGCAAGGUGACUACGAGCCUAUUGCUUACGUGGUCGUGCCUGAUCCGAAGGUUACGGGUCAAGAGCUCGUUGACUUCGUGGCCUCGCGUAUAUCUUCGUACAAGGCGCCUACAGGAGGCGUGGUGUUCUGUGAGCGUAUCCCAAGGACUGCGUUCGGGAAGAUUCAGAGGAGGCAGCUCGAUACGCUGCAGAAGCAGGAGAGAUCGAUUGGGUUUGUGACGUUGGAAGCUGGGUUGCAGUAG